UCUUCUUUCUCUCCCUUUCACUGCGACUCCUACUUUCUUUUCCGAUCACCCUGUUUCUUGUAACUGUAGUAUAAUUAAUUUAUGCAAGUAAAAUAAGUACUAAAAUUUAGAGGCAUAACGAAAAUCAAAAGGUACAGAAGCUCCAUGGAUAAAGAGUAUUUCCUGAAUGCUGCUGGAACUCAACUGCCUCUCCAAUUUGAAGCCUGGAAUUCUUUCUCCCCAGCUCCGGAGCUAAAUUGCUCGUCCGGCGAGGCUUCAAAUUGUUGUUUGAAUCCUAAUUGGGACAAACCAGCUGAUCACUAUGCCCGACAUGGCUCGGCUUUGAGCUCAAUGGUGUCAUCCGCCAUGGCCCCCAAUUCCUCUGUGCCUGUUGAGGCUCUUGCAUUCCGAGAAUUAAUUAAAAAACUGGGCCCCGUUUGCAGCUCCGGGGACCUGCCGCAGCCAUUUCCACCCGGCGCAGCUUCUUAUGCUAGCUGUAACACUUCUUGCUACAGUACAAUGCCCUUGACCUCCCCACCUAAGCUACAGGUGCCGGUUUUGAACGAGAAUUUCUCCAAUUUGCGAAAUUCUGUGGCCCCGAACCCGCCUUUGCCUGCCCUCUCGGCUGAUCCAGGAUUUGCCGAGCGGGCUGCCAAGUUUUCUUGCUUUGGGAGUCGCAGUUUCAACGGCAGAACGAGUCAGUUUGGAGUACAUAAUAAUGCGGAGUUGCCAUAUGGAUCUAGUACUCCAACCGUGGCGAAUGGGAAGUUGCCGAGGGCCUCAAGUAGCCCUUUGCUCAAGCGAGGUGGAUCUCCUCCACUCGAAAACAACAAUUUAGGUCAAUCCCAGAUGGAGACGAGGCCUAUCGAUGGCCUAAUUCCGAGUUCAGAUAACACGGUGAACAAAGUACCUCUAGCUGCUGCCAAUUCUAACGAGGAGUCCUCUGUAUCUGAGCAAGUGCCAAGUGGGGAAACUGGGUUGAAAACUCCCAAUGAAUCGAAUCCCAGGAAAAGGAAAGCUGUUGCCAGAGGAAAAGCCAAGGAAGAUGGUUCAAGUCAGGCGGCUAAUCAUAACAAGGGAGCUGAAGCGGAUAUUGAUUCAAAUGCGAAGCGAUCCAAGAUGACGGAAGCCACUGCGAGUGAUGAUCAAGGCGUUAAAAUUGAGGAGAGGAAGGGUAGCGACAACAAAACUGGGGAUGAUAAGGCAAAUCAGAGGCCCCCUGAGCCUCCCAAGGACUACAUUCAUGUCAGAGCAAGAAGGGGUCAAGCUACAGACAGCCACAGUUUAGCAGAAAGAGUCAGACGAGAGAAGAUCAGUGAAAGAAUGAAGCUUCUCCAAGAUCUUGUACCAGGCUGCAAUAAGGUGACUGGAAAAGCCCUUAUGCUCGAUGAGAUUAUAAAUUAUGUCCAAUCAUUGCAACGCCAAGUCGAGUUCCUGUCGAUGAAGUUAGCUUCAGUCAAUCCAAGAUUAGAUAACAUGGAUAAUAUCUUAUCUAAGGAUCUAUAUCAACCAAAUGCCUCUUUACCUCCCCCCCUGUUCCCAAUGGAUACCUCGGAACCAGCUCUGUACAAGAACCCGUCCCAACAAAAUCAGGAACUACAGAGCAACAAUGGCUCAGUGGACCAGAUAGACACUACUGCAUUGUGCCGCAACCUAGGACUUCAAUUACCUCAUCUAGAUGGAUUUACUGAAGGUCUAUCUCAGUUCCCCGGAUUCUGCGAAGAUGACUUGCACAGCAUUGUUCGGAUGGGGUACAGCCAUAACCCUGACACGGAUGCAGCAUUAUUCCAUUCACAAACCUUUCCUGUUGCAAACCAAACGUCCCGCAUGAAAAUUGAGCUUUGAGCACUGCGUACCUUAUUUUCAAGUCAAGGCCUGGAAGCAAGAGUAGGCUACUACUGUACAUAUACGAAGAGACUAGCAGUUCAAUUGGUUUUUUGAUGAAUGGGCUGUCACCCAUUUAUAGAUUCUAAUCUCUCUGUCAGUGAUUGAUUUGUCUGGAAGCAUUUUUAUUAGGAGGUUACUGUACUACACUAUCGGUAGCAUAUUUCUUGACUAGAUAAUCAUGUGUAUUCCAGUGCAACGUACAGCACUGUCAUCUCUGUAAGAUAUAUAUAGUAAUAUAUAUUCUUGUUCGAGCAA